AUGGAUGGUAGGAACCAGUCGUCUGUGUCUCAAUUCAUUUUUGAGCCGUUAACUGAUGUACAUUCUAUAAAGAUCAUCCUAUUCCUGCUGGUGCUGACUUUGUACCUUAUGAUCUUGAUGGGAAACACUUUCAUCAUCAUUGCUACUUUAACCAAUUCUGCUCUUCAUUCCCCCAUGUAUUUCUUCCUUCGGAAUUUAUCUGUCUUGGAGAUUGGUUACACCUCGACAAUAAUCCCCAAAUGGCUCUCAAAUCUUCUGUCGGAAGACAUGAGCAUCUCAUUCAUUGGCUGUGCCACACAAAUGUAUUUCUUUGGUUCCCUCGGAAUAGCAGAAUGUUGCUUGUUGGCCGCCAUGGCGUAUGAUCGCUACGUGGCAAUAUGUCACCCUUUGCAUUACACAGUCAUUAUGAACAAGACCAUUUGUCUGAAGAUUUCUGUGGCCUGCUGGCUCACUGGAGUGCUGGUGGUUUUGGUACCAGUAACAUUCAUAUUCACUCUACCUUUCUGUGGGCCCAACAGGAUCAACCACUUCUUCUGUGACCUUCCACCACUUCUGAGUCUUGCCUGUUCAGACACUUUUAAGAAUGAGAUCAUAAUGUUCACUGUCACUGUAGUCUUCAUAAUGCUACCCUUUAUGCUUAUUCUCAUCUCCUACACCCAUACUAUCAUGAAGAUGUCCUCUGCCACCAGCAGAAGCAAAGCCUUCUCCACUUGUUCUUCUCACAUCACAGUGGUAACUCUGUUCUAUGGAGCUGGAGUUUUAGCAUAUUUAAGACCUAAAUCUGAUUAUUCAGUGGAAACUGGCAGAGUGCUCUCAUUUUUUUACACUGUUGUUUGCCCUAUGAUGAACCCUUUAAUCUAUAGCCUCAGGAACAAAGAAGUGAAAGAUUACCUGAAGAGGCUGAUGGUCAGAAAAAAUAUUUUUUCUAGAUUGUAA